CGCAUGCUCUCCGGGGUUAUUUUUUUUGUCACGUGACCGACCACCUGACACAACAGACGACGGAACCGGAAAUGUAGCGAUUAUUCAUCCAAAAAUCCAUUAUGUGGAGUUUAAAUAGCGGAAUAUAUGUUUUAUUGAGGACAUGGCUUGUUUGCGUGUCGCUUUUCUUCAGCCUCGGACUGGCUGGGAAAAUGAAGAUUGUGGAGGAGCCAAACACGUUUGGGCUGAACAACCCGUUCAUGGCGCAGGGACACAGGCUACAGCCCAAAGUCUCUCCAGCGCCUGUGUCUGGUCCGGCGCAUCUUCAUCGUCUGGCAGGAAAGUGCUUCAGUCUCACAGAAUCGAUGUAUAAAUAUGAGUUCUGUCCCUUCCACAACGUGACUCAGCACGAGCAGUCAUUCAGGUGGAACGCCUACAGCGGCAUAUUGGGGAUCUGGCAGGAGUGGGAAAUUGCCAACAAUACUUUUACAGGCAUGUGGAUGAGAGACGGCGACACAUGUGGAACCAGAAACAGAGAAACAAAGGUGGUUCUGGUUUGCAGCAACAGCAGCAAACUGGUCCAGGUGUCGGAGCCAAGCACCUGCAUUUACUCGGUGACCUUUGAGACACCGCUCGUCUGCCAUCCACACUCACUGCUGGUGUACCCCACCCUGAAUGAGAAGCUGCAGAAGGAAUGGGACGAGGUGGAGCAGGCUCGCUACGAUGGCCUCAUUACUGAGCAGGGCUACAACAACCUUUUGAGAGACGUUUUUGAGGAUGCUGGACUCCUGAAGAGCAACAAAGUGACGGAGACUGUUGCAGAGGCUGAAACACGUUCAGAAAAACACAACUCCUUACAGAAAUGCCAAGAAGAUUAUCAAAAGCAGAGUGAAGAGGUAGCGAGGCUGCGGGCUAUCCUCACCCUGAAUAAUAUUUCCUUUGAGUCACAGCCAAAUGAGGAGAAAGGUGCAACGACAGCCCCGGCAAAAGAUCAACACCUGAGAGGAGACACGGGCCUUUUUGACCAGCUGUGAAGAUCUCCAUCACAAACAGGAUGUUCAGUUUUUUUUCUGGUCAGUUUGAGUCUCUGAGGUCCACAAGAAAACAGUUCCUCAUGUUUGGAUGUUUUAUAUGUAGUUUGGACUUUAACCUGUGUAUUUAUGUUAUGUGUUGUUCGGAUGCAACAACAUUGGAAUUAAAACAAGACCAAAAAAAUAAAUAAAAUGCAAUAUGUUCUUAUUAAAUACAAGAAUAAAGUCAUAAUAUUAUGAGGAUAAAAAUUGAGCGACGAAGUCGUAAUAAUACAACAAACCCUAACUGAUAAAUAUACCGGAUGACUUUAUUCUGGAAUUACAAGUUUAUUUGCUUAUUACGACUUUAUUCCACAACUUUAUUUUCUGGUAUUACACCUUGUAAAAACCUUAAAACUUUAUUCUGAUAUUCUUAUUGCGAUUUUAUACUUGCUGAGAUUUUAUUGCAUUUUUUACUAGUUGCUCAUUAUGACUAUUUUUACGACUUUAGUUACUCAACUUUUCUUGUGUUAUUCUAACUUUAUUCUUGUAUUUUUAUGACUUAAGUUGCUCCUUAUUAUGACUUUUCUUGUGUUUCUUGUAUUAAUACAGUUAUUUAGGUAAUGACUGUAUUAAAGGGAUAAAAUGAUGAAAACCUG